GCGAGAGCCUCGCCGUUGGGCGCCGCGUUUUAGGUUUCAUAAAAGCACGAUCGGCGCACCUUGGCUCAGGUCAGUCGUUGAGCAGCCGUUGCCGAGGUGAGCACGCGUGCCAAUUCGCAGUCCCGUGCCGUUGUGAACGUGUGUGAGUGCGUGUGGGUGUGUGGUUGAGACGCGUGCAUCAUUGGAAAAAGUGAACGAUCGUCGAGUGACAUCGAAAGCAAAAAAAAAACAAACACAUAAAAAGAAACCCUUCCAAAUCCGCGAUCGCGAAUUGCGGUGCCCUAUGUUUAGGUUUGUGUGACGCGUGUGUCCUUACAGCACGCCCUACAGCAAAGCAGGCGAAAAUGAACAUCAGCGCCUACUCAUCUUCCGACGUCCGUGCAGCAAGACCAAGACUAUGGUACCUGGCAGCUUGUGGGCUGGUGCUGCUUGCACUGGCACACAUUACCACGGGAGCCGACCUAAAAGAGCGGGCCCGUGCGGCACUUCUGCUGGAAAAACCAAACGGUCCAGCCAACUGUCAAGUGCAGCAACCACAACCCUGUCCACCCAGUAAGUUCCGCUCGGCUUCGGGCGAAUGUAACAACUUCAACCACCGGUACUGGGGCGCUCGGAGUGACCCCUUUAUCCGCUUACUCCAACCGGAUUACGCCGACGGACGACUCAAACCACGCACUUCGAUCGGAACGCACGCUCUUCCGGUACCGGAUUUCGUCGUGACCCAUCUGCAACAGUUCGUCGAUGAGAAAGCCAUCCAUCCACACAUCACGGCCAUGUUGCCGGCUUGGGGUCAACUGUUGGCGUACGAUUUGGUGCAGAUUCUGUCACCAAACUCGCAAUAUCGGUGCUGCCGUAACGAUACACAGCAAAACAAUGGCGCCCAGGAGGAUGACGUGGUGCAGUGUUACGUGAAUAUGGGCGAAGGUUGCCGCGAGUACAAACGCUCCAUUCCAUCGCACGAUCCGGCCAACUGUGAGUUCCACUAUCGUGAUCAGAUGAACGCAGCCUCAGGCUUUCUGGAUGGUUCCGGACUGUACGGCACGACGGAGAAAGAGAUCCACGCGUUACGUACGUUCCUCGAUGGAAAGGUUGACACCGGUGCGUGUCUACGGUGUAACGAACCUGGUGCGAUUGGGGCACUACACACGGUGUUGCUGAAGGAACACAAUCGGAUCGCGGAACAACUGGCCAAACUGAACGUGGAAUGGAGCGACACGACGCUGUUCUACGAAACGCGUCGCAUUGUGAUGGCACAGAUUCAACACAUCACGUACAACGAGUUCCUGCCGAUACUUCUCGGCAGCCAGAUCACAAACAAUCCCGAUCUGCGGCUGGAAACGGGAGGACAUUAUACCGGGUACUCCAGCGCUAACCGUGCUGGGAUCUUUGCGGAAGUCGCAGUAGGCGCUAUACCGGCUUUCUUGACGAUGCUUCCACCGGAUAUGUACAACGAUUCGAUGUCGGCCGAAAUUUUGCUUGCAUCGCCGGCCAUGCAGCAGACAUUCAUCCCGGAUCAUGCCAGCUUUAACGACGAGUGGACACCGAUCUCGUUGGCGAUACAGCGUGGACGCGAUCACGGUGUACCGGCGUACCAUAAAGCGAUCAAUCUGUGCGAGAAACGCUUCGGGAAGCCAUUCGGUGCUAGGCUCAGCUUCGACGACAUGCAGUACUUCGGUCUGAACCAGGCCAAACGGGAGGUGUUGCAGCACAUGUACCAGAGUCCGGAAGAUAUCGAUCUGUUGAUCGGUGGGUUGAUGGAAACGCCCGCUCUCGGAACCGUUUUCGGACCAACGCUUACCUGCCUGAUGGCGAUCCAGUUCGCAAACAUGCGUAGCAGCGAUCGGUUUUGGUACGAGAACGAUCUGCCGCCGUCCUCAUUGACAUUGCCCCAACUUCAGGCUAUCCGGCGAGUGACACUGUCAGGAAUGCUGUGCGAAACGAAGAACGUACUGCGUGCCCAACCGAAGGCCUUCAUCCGUGAGGAUCCGUAUCUAAAUGCACGACUCAAUUGCGAACAACUUGCCGGGCUGGAUGUGUCCGCUUGGCGCUCCGAGCAGGACGACGCAGUUGAGGAGUACAUGCAGGAGGAACAACCGACACCGCCUGAGUUUGAAGAGCUGAACGUGGACCUGAUCUCUAGUGCCAUCAACAAGGCCAAGACGAAGUUGAACGAACGCAAACGGCAAGAGUACGAGGCAUGGGUUCGCCAGGGAGGAAUUGAUGCCAAGUCCCCGGACGGUACAGCUGCCUCGUUUAGUAAGGCCAACCGAAACGCGCUGAUCAUCGCCAACACCUCGCUAUUCUACGAGCUGGCCACGAACGAGAUCGUCAACUCGCUGCACACCCUGAGACGUCGCAAGCGCCAAGUAUUCGACAACAACCUGGGAGGGUUUGCGAGUGACGAUUUCAGCAACGCGCUCCAGAGCGUUGACGUAAACCAGUUCAUUACCGGAUCGAUCUCACCGAUCAACCUGGAACCGCAAUGUGAAAACCUAGAGGCACCCUGUGACACUACGACACCCUUCCGCACACUGACCGCGCACUGUAACAACCUGCGCAACCCGGAGCUGGGUCAAUCGCUCACAACCUUCGCCCGAUUACUUCCACCGGUGUACGACGAUGGUGUGUCCCAACCACGGUCACUCUCCGUCACCGGUACACCCCUACCGAAUCCACGCUCGAUCUCCUCGCUUAUCCAUCCGGACAUUUCGAAUCUGCACACGCGCUACUCACUCAUGGUGAUGCAGUACGCUCAGUUCCUUGAUCAUGAUCUUACGAUGACACCGAUCCACAAGGGUUUCCACGAGUCGAUUCCAAGCUGCCGAUCGUGCGAUUCACCACGCACCGUUCAUCCAGAGUGUAGCCCGUUCCCGGUGCCACCACGUGACCACUAUUACCCGGAAGUGAACGUGACAAGUGGAGAGAGGUUGUGUUUCCCGUCUAUGCGCUCCCUACCCGGUCAACAGACGCUUGGACCGCGUGAACAGAUCAACCAGAACACGGCGUUCCUGGACGCGUCCCAGAUCUACGGCGAGAACGGGUGCAUUGGCAAGAAACUGCGUGGGUUCUCCGGUCGUCUUAACUCCACAAUCCAUCCCAUCCAGGGUAAGGAACUGUUGCCACAAAGCCCGGUACAUCCGGAGUGCAAAUCCCCGAGCGGAUACUGCUUCAUUGCGGGAGAUGGACGCGCCUCGGAACAGCCGGGUUUGACGGCGAUUCACACCGUGUUUAUGCGAGAGCACAACCGCAUCGUCGAGGGAUUGCGUGGUGUCAAUCCGCACUGGAACGGUGACCAGCUGUACGAGCAGGCACGCCGUAUCGUGAUCGCCCAGAACCAACACAUCACGUACAACGAGUUCCUGCCGCGCAUACUCAGCUGGAACGCAGUGAACCUGUACGGGCUGAAGCUGUUACCGCAGGGCUACUACAAGGAGUACAACCCGACGUGCAACCCAUCGAUCGUGACGGAGUUCAGUACGGCGGCGUUCCGCAUUGGCCACUCGCUGUUGCGACCGCACAUUCCACGGUUGAGUGUGCAACAUCAACCGAUCGAUCCACCAUUGCUGCUGCGUGACGGGUUCUUCCGUACGGAUAACUUCCUCCAACCCGGUCUGGUGGAUGAGAUCUCGCGUGGAUUAGUCGCGACACCGAUGGAAACACUCGAUCAGUUCAUCACCGGUGAGGUGACGAACCAUCUGUUCGAGGAUCGUCGCAUUCCGUUCUCCGGGUUCGAUCUGAUCGCGCUUAACAUCCACCGGGGACGAGAUCAUGGCAUCCCGUCGUACAACAACUACCGCGCGCUGUGUAAUCUGAAGCGAGCGCAAACUUGGGAGGAUUUGGGACGGGAAAUUCCACCGGAAGUGAUCGCUCGGUUGCGCCGGAUCUACGCGCACGUGGAUGAUAUCGAUCUGUUCCCGGGUGGUAUGUCCGAGCGGCCACUCCAGGGUGGUUUGGUUGGACCGACGUUCGCCUGCAUCAUCGCUAUCCAGUUCCGGCAGUUGCGUAAAUGCGAUCGUUUCUGGUACGAAAAUGAAGAUCCCGUGGUGAAGUUUACCGAGGGUCAGCUGGCGGAGAUCCGCAAGACAACGCUGGCGAGGAUCAUCUGUGAGAAUCUGGACAUCACCGGUGAUAUGCAGCGUGCGGCGUUUGAUCUACCAAGCAACUUCCUCAAUCCACGUGUGCCGUGCAGUUCCAUGCAACAAAUUGAUCUCAGCGCAUGGCGGGAAAACAUCGUGCAGGGAUGCCAGAUUGGCGGGAAAAACGUGAACGUCGGAGAAUCGGCAUUCCCGUCACCGUGUACCAGCUGCAUCUGCACGAACGAAGGGCCUCAAUGCGCGUCGCUGCGUAUCACCGACUGUGCCCAGCUGGCCCGCGAGUGGCCACGGGACGUGAUCCUGCGAGAUGACGUGUGCAGUGCCCAGUGUGGUCUGGUGCUGCAAAACACCACUCCUCAGGGUCGUAACAUUCCGAUCAGUUUGCGGCCACCUCCUCAGCGUAUUGCGCGGUCACGCAUCGUGCAGGCACAAACGGGAUCGGCAUCGUUCAGCUUCCAGGGCUUCCAGUUUCCCGAUCUGACGCAGUUUAUCGGGUAGAGAGAGGGUGCACCAGACGUCGGAGCGCCGAAAAAAAAAACAACACACUUUUGUACAUAUUGAGCGGCCAUAAUUGAUAGUUUCUUUCUGUUGCGGUUUUUUUAUUAUUAUUUUACUCGGUAUUCUACGUCUGCGCCGAUAGCCGGAUCCUCGGUGGUCCGUUGUUGAUCGAGCCGUAUCUAUUACCACUGCCUCACCACACACGUGUGGUGCGUCUUCGCAGGACCUAUGCGCCUGCUGUUUGUCGUCUAUUUUAUCGCUCUAUUUUAUUUUAUUUUUCGCAUCUAUGUGUGUGCUUCCUUAAGUUAUGAUCUGCCCCGAGAAGGAGGAGCGCUCUAUCUCUCUCUCUCCGUACUUCACGUUUUAAUGCACGUAUCAAGCGACCUAGACCUAUUGUACUAUUGUAGAGCAGCAUUCGAACGGUAUUCGAUGCAAUGAGUUAAUCAUACCAUGCAACAGUGAAGCAACCGCGCGGCAGCAGUAGCUAGUGAUCAAAAUGAUAUGUAGAGCAUAUAUGCUAUGUAAAAAAAAAAGACCCUGGUGAAGCCGUAGUACUGUUAGACUGCGAGCGAUCCGAAUCCAGUAGGACGUCAUCGAG